AUGGCCACCACUUCUUCGCGACGAGCUGAAUCGCUCCAGCGCCCGCCCAAACAGGAUCAGCACCUCCAGCACCACCACUACCCGCGACGCCAUCCGCAGCAGCACGCCGUCAACGGCCAUAGUACGAACACCCACGGCGGCACUGGCAAUCCGAAUGAGAGCAGCAGUCACGCUCUGGCUGUGGCGUCGGCUGCGCACGCUGGUCUCAGCGCCAACGACGUCGCCGCUAAACAUGGUCAGAUCAUCGCGACGCCAAUCCGAACGCGAAAUUCGCAGCAGAUUCAUCCUCAGCACAGUCCCGCUCGAAUGAAGCGCCCGCUCGAUCCCAUCGCUAAUAACUUUGAACCUCCGAAGCCGAAGAGGACGAGAAUCGCGGUCGAGAUUCUAGCCAGGCCAGCAUCGCACGACCAGCCGAUCAGCCCACCCCAUAAAUCCAUCAUCGUGAAGCCCCAACGCCCGCCCACGGGCCACGACCGCCAACCUGCUGCGGUCGCGUCCGCGACUCGUAAGCCCCCCUUCUCUCCCUCCCAGCCGGCGACGACGGCGACGGCAGCAGAGCCAGGUCCGAAAAAGUAUAGGGAGAAGGCAUUCAAUGGAAUUAGACACGAAUUGGACAAGCUGCAGCCGAGUGCCGCCGAUGCCAGCUCGACGGAGCGGCCCGGUCGCAAGUUGCGGUCACAGAAGGCCACCCGGUUCAAGAGCGAGUUGUCGGCGUAUUUUCCCGACUACGACGAGGUCAUCGGCAAUGAUCCCAAGGAACAACACAUCCUCAAUCUCGAUACCCCAAUCAUCCUCAUCGACACCAAUCCCGAUCCUGAUCCCAAUCCCAAUCCCAAUCCCAGUGCAAACCCCCUCCUCCCCCCUACUCCACCAUUACUACUGCCAAUAUCCACUCCCGACCAGGCGCUAGAAUCGGCCCAGCUGCCCCGCCCAACAGUGCGAACUUAUAGCGACCACUUGUUUACCGAUCUGCACGACUCACAGCGAAUUGACUUUUCGUUCUUGGAGGCCAGGUACACCGGCAAGGAGGUUGCAGACCCCUUGAUCGAUUCCUACUUUGAGCCCUCACAUAAGAGGGCCGAGAGGCUGGAGAAGUCGAUCCGGAACACGGAGAAAGGCCGCGCCCAGCAUGAAAAGGACCAGAUCAUCCGCUUGCUCAACGAGCUACAAGGCCACGACUGGCUGAGAACGAUGGGCGUGAGUGGCGUGACGGAAAGCCGCAAGAAGACCUUUGAGCCUGCCCGAGAUCACUUCAUCAGCGGCUGCCAAGCCAUCCUAGAGAAGUUCCGGGCGUGGAACCAGGAAGAAAAGAGGCGCAAACUGCAGAAGGAGCGGGCCCUGGCCGAGGAGGCGGAGGAGGGCGAAGAGAAAGGCGCGGACUCUGACUACGCGGGGGAGGAAUCUUCGGACGGCGACGAGGAGAUGGCCGAGGCCGAGACCGAAGGAGACGACGCUCACGACGGGGACAGCGACAGCGACGGCGAUCCCGUCGACUAUGGCGACGUCGAUCCCUCUGCGAGGCAGCUUCAUGCGGAGGCGCUGGCGCGAGCGAGAUAUGCUGCGUCGGGUUCUAAACGAUCCCGCGGCGAGCCUCCGCCAAAGUCGCCGGAGGCUCAUGUGGCGAAAGAGUUCACCUCAUUCUUUAAAAAGAAGCACCAGCGCGACGCCGCCCUAAGUAAAGGUCGUCGGAGAGGUAGAACGAUUUUGGCUUGGGGCCAUCCCGUACCAGACCCGGUGGAAUACGACUUUGAUCUGCCCGAGGAGUACCGCGACACGGAGACCUUGAAGGCGCACGAGAGGCGGAAGCGGAGGGAUAGGCGUCAGCAUAGACACUGA